UAAGCUAACUUUCCACAUCUGAUCCGAAGCCCAAAGUGUUGAGUAAAGACUGGGAUGAAGAGUCCGGGGGAUUCCACGGGGAAACAGCAUGUAGUUCACGGCAGACUCCGACUCCUUCCCCACUGUUAGACUUUAUCGUUUAUUUUUAUUUUCCGUCCGUUUUUUUCCACCUGGAAAGUGUCUUUUAACGCCCAACCGACAUCAUGUUCCUGCGCGGCUCGAAGAAGCGACGGUCCAACCGCUCGCAGGAAGAAGAGGACCCAGACAGAGGCCAGCCCUGCAUGCGCUGCGGAGAUCAGUGUCCCGGCUUCCGCGUCCACGGCUGGAGGAAGAUCUGCGUGCACUGCAAGUGUGUGCGGGAGGAGCAUGCGUUGCAGUCGGUGCCAGGGCAGCUGGAAAAGAUGAUGACUAAGCUGGUGUCGGACUUCCAGAGGCACUCCAUCUCCGACGACGACUCGGGAUGCGCCUCCGAGGAGUACGCUUGGGUCCCACCUGGGCUCAAGCCUGAACAGGUGUACCAGUAUUUCAGCUGCUUGCCAGAAGACAGGGUGCCUUAUGUGAACAGUCCGGGGGAGAGAUACAGAAUCAAACAGCUGCUGCACCAGCUUCCAGCUCACGACAGCGAGCCUCAGUACUGCAACUCUUUGAAUGAUGAGGAGAAGAAAGAGCUUCGUACGUUCAGCCAGCAGAGAAAACGAGAUAACUUGGGCAGAGGCGUCGUCAGACCUUUCCCUGUCACCAUGACUGGGGCCAUCUGCCAGCAGUGCGGCAGACAGAUCUGUGGUGGAGACAUAGCUGUGUUCGCCAGCCGGGCGGGUCACGGCAGCUGCUGGCACCCCCAGUGUUUCCAGUGCUCGUCCUGCAGCGAGCUGCUGGUCGACCUGAUCUACUUCUUCCAGGACGGGCAGAUCUACUGCGGCCGGCACCACGCUGAGAGGCUGAAGCCCCGCUGCCAGGCCUGUGAUGAGAUCAUUCUAGCAGACGAGUGUACGGAGGCAGAAGGAAGGUACUGGCACAUGAAGCACUUCUGCUGCUUUGAGUGUGAGGCGGCGCUGGGCGGUCAGCGCUACAUCAUGAGGGAGAGCCGACCAUACUGCUGCUCCUGCUACGAAUCCCUGUAUGCAGAAUACUGCGACACAUGCGGCGAGUCAAUAGGUAUUGAUCAAGGCCAGAUGACGUACGAGGGUCAGCACUGGCACGCGGUGGAGUCGUGUUUCUGCUGCGCCCGCUGUCGGCUGCCUCUGCUCGGCCGACCCUUCCUCCCACGCGGGGGUCUCAUCUUCUGCUCCAGGUCCUGCUCCCUGGGCGACGACCCCAACAACUCGGACUCCUGCGACUCGGCGCUGCAGAGCAGGUCUCCCCAUCACGGCAGGCAGUGGGGGACGCUGGAGAGGAUGCACUGCAGUUCCCCUCUGCAGCCACCAGAGGGUGUCAAACACUCUCCUGCACAGGACUGCAUUCACACCGCAGUGGAGAAUAGAGGGCUUCACUGCAGCGCUCCAGUUCAGAAUGAGGCUCCGUCACACACCGGCCAUCCUCAUCCAAGAGUCUCCUACUCGCCUCUGCCUCACAUUCACCUGGGAAACGGCUGGCCCAGCGACGUUCCACAUUACAGUCUGCUGCCAGGGGACAGUAGCGUAAAACCGCCAGCCACUGGUAUCCCAUUGCAGGAGGAGCUGAAUGGAAAUACUGGACUAACUGGAAGUAAUUCAAGAGGAACCUCCACCAACAAAGACUGCAGGAACUGGGUGGAAAAGACAAAUCAGGCAAUGCAAGACACGCCGCCUCCAUCAUCAGACAGCUCCCCCGUCCUCCCACCUCCUCUGCCCAUUAAGUCCCGGGACCUGAUGCCGCGGGACGCGUCCCCUCUGUCCCCGUCCCAUCGGAAGGACCAGCCCCCUGAGUCGCCUCCUCCGCUGACACGCAGCGGCCAAGCCAGAGUCAGCUUCAGGGAGCCGAUCAGCAGCAGCUACUCUGUAGAGGAAGACGACGAUGAGGAGGAGGAGGAAGAAGAGAGGCUUCAAGUCACCGUGGAAACCAAGCCAACUGAGGAUGACGAUGGUGAGGUGGCGGGUUUUGGAAGCAGGCUGCAUCUUCAGAGAGGCAUCCCACCACAGAUGGAUCUACUGGACGGCUCUUCAUAUCAUCGUCAUCACCUGAAGCGCGGUUGGGGCCGCUCGCGUACGUCCUCCGACCCCGUCCUCCGUCCGGGUUUGGAGCGGCGCCAGUCCGACAGACCCCGGCUCGACACUCUGGACUUGAAGGCCGAGAGCCGGAGAGACGCACGCAGCUCCUGCAGCAUCCCCUCCCUGAGCCUCCAGCAGGGACCCUACAAACACGAGGACUGCUGCUCCACCUGCUCCUCCUCCUCCGAGUCCGAGGAGGAAGGCUUCUUUCUGGGGCAGCGGAUCCCUCUGCCGCCGCAGCUUCGGCAGCCCGACGACGGCCCGGCCGGGCGGGCCGAGGAGAUUCUGGAGAUGCAGAGAGACCGCGGCCUAAGAGGCAGCAUCCGGCGGAGACGAGCUCAGAGCGCAAAGGAGAAAGAUAAAAACUGCGCCGUGUCCUGAAGCUGACGGCGAAAGCUACUGACCAUUUUUCCUCCUUUACUGCAAAACUACAAAAUAUUACCAAGUAUUUCUGGUCUAGUUUCUAACCCAGAUGUCUGAGUAAACUACAAUUAAGACAAAAUUGACUUACAAGUAGCUUUUCAGCAAAAUACAGGAGCUUGAUUUAAUCAAUAAUUCACCGAUACACUUGUUUCACUUCAGAUAACGAUACAGAUAAGUGAAGUUUAGUAUCGAUUGAUACAGAAAAACAGGACUGAAUUGACUUACUUUUUUUUUUUCUUAGUGUUUUUCACACCUGAUAAUCUGGUUGAUUUGUUUUGAUUAUGGACCAAAAUUGCAACAUUUGUUACAUU